UGCCGUACGAACGCUCGCUCGCUCGCACGUGCACGCUCCCUCCUCCUCCUCCUCCUCCUCCUCCUCCUCUGUCUCUAUCUUCCUUUCCUCUCCUUCUGCCGCCUCAUUUCUCAGCCUGACGACGACCCCUUGCAGCCGGUGACCUCAGAUGAGACGGUGUCCGUGGGGGGCACGGUGACACUGACCUGCCGGGUGGCCGAGAGCGACAACUCCUCCCUGCAGUGGUCCAACACUGCGCAGCAGACCCUGUACUUUGGAGAGAAGAGAGCGCUCAGAGACAACCGCAUCCAGCUGCACCGCUCGACAUCCACCGAGCUUUCCAUCAUGAUCGGUGACGUGCAGCUGUCCGACGAGGGCGAGUACACCUGCUCCAUCUUCACCAUGCCGGUCCGCACCGCCAGAGCCACGGUCACUGUUCUAGGUGUGCCCGGUAAACCUCAGAUCUCAGGCUUUGAGAAUGCAGUGCCCGAGGGGGGCAAAGUCACCCUGACCUGCACCAGUACCGGCAGCAAACCCCCCGCCAGUCUGAUCUGGUACCGUGGAGACCAGGAGCUGGAAGGACGCUCGAACGUGGUGGAGCCGGUUCCCGACGACCCCACAUACAACGUGAGCAGCGAGCUCACGCUGGAGGUGAGCCGCAGCGACGACAAAGCCCUCAUCACCUGUGCCGUCGACCAUCCGUCUCUGGCCCCCGGGGACAAGAGGAGCGAGCAGGCUCUGCGGGUGCUGUAUCCUCCUAACGUAGAAAUCCAGCCUGAGAGCGAUUUGCCUAGAGAGGGGGAGAAGUUUUAUCUCGAGUGUUUGGGCAACAGCAACCCAGAGUAA